CGCGGGCCGGGGGUGCGGGAACCGGGGAGGGAGAUGCGCCCGAGGCCUCGCGCGAGCGGGGCGCACCGGGCGGCGGGACGUCCUCCUGGCGGUCCCCCACUUGGCCAAGCCACGGUGCUGCCCCGGCGCCCCAGACCUCUCGUCUGGACGAGCCCCGAAGGACUCGAACGCCACCUGCCCUCGCGGACGGCGUGCUAGACGCCCUCCCGGCCUGUUGUCUGGGCACGUCCCCGAGAGCCCCGUGAGACGAGAGCAUCGUUACCCCCGUGUUUCAGGCGAGGAAAGCCCGGCGCCCUUAGGUAUUUAAGGUCCGCGAGGAGCCGGCCCAGUUGCUCUUGGGGCCACCCCAGUGGUGGUGCGGACCGCUGGCAGGCAGACAGACCCCAGGACCUCCCCCCCACACCACCACACUGUCCAUGGAUUUUGUCGCUGGAGCCAUCGGAGGAGUCUGCGGUGUUGCUGUGGGCUACCCCCUGGACACGGUGAAGGUCAAGAUCCAGACAGAGCCCAAGUACAGGGGCAUCUGGCACUGCGUCUGGGACACGUAUCGCCGAGAGCGGGUGUGGGGCUUCUACAGAGGCCUCUCGCUGCCCGUGUGCACCGUGUCCCUGGUCUCGUCCGUGUCUUUCGGCACCUACCGCCAUUGCCUGGCACACAUCUGCCGAUUUCGGUAUGGCAGCACGGACAUCAAGCCCGCCAAGACUGACAUCACGCUCUCGGGAUUUGCCUCUGGCUUGGUCCGCGUGUUCCUGACCUCGCCCACCGAGGUGGCCAAGGUCCGCCUGCAGACGCAGACGCAGCAGCGGCGCCCCUCGGCCUCGUGGCCCUCGGCCGUGCCCCCCGCGUGUCCUGCGCCCCCUGCGAGUUCGGGGCCUGGGCCCAAGUACCGAGGACCUCUGCACUGCCUGGCCACGGUGGCCCGUGAGGAGGGGCUGCGGGGCCUCUACAAGGGCAGCUCGGCCCUGCUCUUCCGGGACGGCCACUCCUUCGCCACCUACUUCCUGUCCUACACCAUCCUCUGCGAGCAGCUCACCCCCACGGGCCGCAGCCAGCCAGAUGUGCUGGGCGUGCUGGUGGCCGGGGGCUGUGCCGGGGUCCUGGCCUGGGCCGUGGCCACACCCAUGGACGUGAUCAAGUCGCGCCUGCAGGCGGACGGCCAGGGCCAGCGGCGCUACCGGGGCCUCCUGCACUGCGUGGUGAGCAGCGUUCGGGAGGAGGGGCCGCGGGUCCUCUUCAAGGGGCUGACGCUCAACUGCUGUCGUGCCUUCCCCGUCAACAUGGUGGUCUUUGUCACCUACGAAGCCGUGCUGGGGCUCACCCGCGGCCUGUCCACCUAGUUAGUCCCCGCGCCCCAGGGCUGGCCCGCCGGCGGCUUGCAGACGUCUCGUAGCUGGAGGUGGCGGAGGAGAGUGUGGGGGUCUGGGCCCCGUUGAGCCACCACCCGGUGGCCGGAGUCAGCCGUGCCUGGGGCUUUGCUCACCCAGCUACGGACCACGAGGAGGUUCAGGGGCCCCUCUGCCAUCAGCCUGGGGCUGGCUUGAGGGUCUCGUGAGCCAGGGAGGAGUGAGACUCUUGGAGGAGGACAUCUGUCACGCGCGGUCGUUUGAACGUUUGGUCAGUUGGUCGUUCCAGCUUCCCCGGGGCCUCUCCCUGCCGCCCGUGUCUUCGGAGCACCCAUGCACCUCCGUCCACACACCCAGUGUCCGCUGGCCACCGUCCCCGCCAGGCCCCCGCUCAGCUCUCCUCUGUUUGGUGAGCGCCUGUGCACCCGCCCGCUUGCUCCCCUGCGCCAGGCUGCGCAGAGAGGGCACUGCCCGGACGGCCAUGACCAGCUUGGUGCCAGACCCGCUCACACACCCUUGCUCUGCUGGGAGAUCCCCGAGACUCUGCGGGGAGCCGUUGACAAUAAAACGUUUUUGUUUGAAUGUG